AUGGCUCUGGCCGUGGCAGUGGGCCUCACCCUGCUGGUGAAAGUAUCUGCUGGGCCUCGGGCGGCUGUGGUAGUUGCGGGGGAGGAGUUAAUCCAGAGCGCUUCGCCCCCGACUCUCUUCACUGAGAAGCUUCAGAUGGGUGCCUCCAACUUGGGGCGCCUGGAGAUACUGGGCUCCUGCUGCGGUGCUGCUAGAGGCAAAGCCUUUCAAGUUGUCGGCUCCAUCAACGCGAACACGCUUUAUGGAAGCACAUCCGAUGUUUCGAAGGUCAUCUUCAAGGACGGCAAUUGCAGUGCAAUCGACAAGCAGACCUUAGAUGUUCACAGCAGAGCGGAAUGCGAUUACUUCUAUAUCUAUGAGAACAAGGCCUACGCCCACAACGACUUUGCAGCCAAUUGCGUGCCGGCCACGAUCUGCAAUCAGAAUGUUGUGGGCAUGACCAAGGGCCUCGUAGCAACCUAUGGGGUCAUCUUGCAAAUCUUGCAGCAAAACCUGGGCUCGCUCUACUGGUUGGGCGAGGGUCAGACAAAAGACUGCUUCAAGGCCAUGAACCAGAUUAACAUGGGCAAUACCAACGAGCUCCUUGUCACAAAGCCGGACCUUGUUGUCUUCGGACAUGUCGUCAACUACAAGACAGUCAUGGAGGUCCCAGGCAUGAAGCGGCUUGGAGCGAUAGACUCUUUGAGCAACUGCAAGAACGAUACCACCACGGGCUACCUCUUCGUGCACGAAAACCUUUACUGGUCUAAGCGAAAACAGGAAUUGGACUUGGGGGAGUUCACAGAGUUCAAGCAGGCCGAAGAGCAAAAGAAGUUGGAGAGAGCGAAGAAGAAGGCCAUGGAAGCAGCAGAGAAGGCAGAGAAAGCGCAGAAGGAAGAAGCCGAGAGAGAGGCGAAAAAGCAAAAAGCUGAAAAUCCGCUAAUGGCUCCCAUGCAGGAGCAGAUGGUGACAGCGAUGACGGCACCUAAGUUGAUGGAUGAGGUGAACAAGAUUGGGCAGGCUCCUCUCGCGCCACCGCCGCCGCCGCCUGCCGUCACUGUCGUGACACCGGCUCCCAAAUCCGCGAACAUUGGGCAGGCACCUCCUGUGCCCGUGGUGCCCCCGCCUGCAGUCGCUGUGCCCGUGGUGCCCCCGCCUGCAGUCGCUGUGGUGACACCGGCUCCCAAACCCGCCGCAAAGACGGCGAAAGCCACUGAUAAGGCUGAAGCAGAUGCAAAGCCGAAGGCUGCUGCCCAGACCAGCAAGACACCGUUGCCGACCGUUCCGGCAGCAAAGCCGGUCCAAAUGCCCAGUGCGUUUGCGCAGCAGGUGGACAACAUGCUCAAGGUUGCCCAUUCUGCAAAAGCCGGGACUGAACAGGCUGCGAAAGUCAGCGCCCAAAAAGCCACAGAUUCCGCAGACAAGGCGGUUGAUGCUGCGAAGACCGAUGUGGCGAAGGCCGCUGAGGCUGCAAAAGCCAACUUCAUAAAGGCCGCAGCGGAUGUGAAGUCUGCAGUGACUGCCCCGGAGACAGUGAGCACAAUCGCAAGCCGGCGGCUGUCUGCCGACUUUCUGGUGUAG